AUGGAUAUCUUUAAACAAGCUAGAAGGAGUGCAAAGGCUGCCAUCACGAGGCAGAAUAAUUGGAUUCAGGAUAAUAUUUCAUUGCCGGAUGAACACCAGUUGAGGGUUCGUCGUGAAGUCUUACAGGCUGCUUAUGAUAAAUAUACUGAGUCACAGGAUGAAAUUGACAAUUUAUUGUGUGAAGAUUCCGCCGUUGUCGACAGCGAGGAUUGCAACAGUGUAGAAGAUAUCUCACCUGUUCAAAUACCGUCUCCAGAAAAAGAUCUGAGAAUGUCUACUAAGAGAAGUUCGAUAAAAGCAUGUUUCACUGGUAAUAUAAUAACUUUAAAAAUUAUAAGUUUAUAUCCACUGGAAAGCCAUUCGUGGCUCUUUAAGCCUUAUACUUGGUUUUGUUUGAUUGUGUUUAUGGUACCGAUUCCUGUACUAUCAAUUUACAAUAUUUGGAUAGCAGAUCCUGUCGAGCGGAUUAAAAAAAUGCAAAAUAUAUUUCUUGUUAUGGAACUUACAGCACAAAUUUUUAAAUUCUUGCCUUUUAAAAUGCAUCCUGAAGGUGUUAAAAAAAGUUUAGAAAUGUGGGAUAGUGACAUAUUUAAUUCAUACUCCAAAGAAGAUGAGAAAAUUGUGACAAACGCCAUGAGGAAUUAUAAAAUUCUUUUUAAUGUAACUCUUUAUGGUAGUUUACUCAGCUUUAGUUUUUAUAUUUUGUCGGUUACUUUUAGUCCGAUAAGAGUAAUGCCAAUAGACAUAUGGUUGCCAUUUGAUGCUCUUAAUAACACUCUUAUUUAUACAGCUCUCUGCAUAUUUGUUUAUGUGUCUGUAUAUCAAGGUUGUGCUGCAAAUGCAGCCGGUGAUACCCUAUUGAUGGGAAUUACGUACCAAUCUGCCAUUCAGAUAAUACUACUAAAAAGAAGAUUUAUGUGUUUAAAUGAGAACGUUGAUAAUGAAAUAAGAAGACACUGUGAUGAAUCUAUGGAUAAAAUUUCCAAACAAAAUCUAAGAGAUGUACUAGUUUAUCAAUAUAUAGUUAAAAAUACUGCUAUUUAUAACGAAAUAAAUGGGUACGUAAAGGAGAUUGAAAAGCUUUAUUCAUUGACAUUUUUUUCACAACUGCUUGUACGUAAAGGAGAUUGA